GGACAUUGAACAUGAUCUUGGUCUCCAACCUCCAUAUUAACUCACAAGAACUGCCUUCGUAACUCUCUAAAUAAUCCUUACUAUUCCCCGAAUUAAAGCUGUAGUGACACUAUGAUAACUCUUGCGGACGAGGGCUUUACUGAGUGCGAUGCUGGUAACAUGCGGAACGCACAAGACCUUCUAUUGAACAUAAAGUCGAUUCGAGAAAGAGAAGACCUCGUGUAUGCCUUGCUACAUUCUCUUCCAAAGUCAAGUCUUGCCAGCAUCCAACGCAAUAUUGAGCCCAUGCUGCAGCUGGACGUUGUCGGAUUGCUUCCUGAUGAAGUCGCUCUUCUUGUUUACUCGUUUCUGCCAUGGCAAUCUCUGUUGUCAUGCGCGCUAGUCAAUCGACGAUGGCGUACACUGGCCAACGAUACCACUUUGUGGCGCGACCUCUGUGCUGAACGAGAAUGGGAAUGGCGACCUCAGCAGAAGCAACACGACGUAUUCUCUUCUUCGCCUGACCUCUCUAUCAACUCGGACGAUGAAGGUAUGGGCGACGAUGAAGAAGAAGACGUUGAAUACAUGCUCCAAGAUGAUUCGGGCUUUGCUUCCAUGGCCAUCGAGUCGUCCUCGAGUAUGCUGUGCACCGAGACACCGUCUAUACCUCUUUCACCUAUUUACAGGGACACUAGGCCUUUCAUCCACCUAUCAGGUUCUAACCUUUACGGCUCGACAUCCUCGCAUAUCUCGAAACCAGACUACAAGCUUCUAUUCUUGACGCACAUCCGCUUGCAGAACCGUAUGCGUUCUUCCUCUUAUCGAUUGUCUAGUCUCAAUACUCGUGGAUCACUCAACCCGCAUACAAACACUAUCUACUGUUUACAGCUUUACACCUACCCAGAUACAGGGAAACAAGUCCUAUUUACAGGUUCCAAGGACCGAACUGUUCGGGAAUGGGAUCUCGAAACCAAUACUGUUAGUCGUGUCAUCGAGGGUGUACACGAAGGCAGUGUACUCAGUAUCUGUGUCUACAAUGGUCUUCUGGCUAGCGGCGGAAGCGACCAAACAGUUGCUAUCUGGGACCUUGCGCGAAACGAGCUUGUUAGGGUCAUCCAGGAUCAUACAGAUAGUGUGUUAUGCGUUCGGUUUGAUGACCACAGGCUUGUAUCCUGUUCGAAAGAUCGUACUCUACGAUCGUACUCCUUACCCAGCUUCCAGUUCCAGUACGCCAUUGACGACCAUCGUGCGGCCGUCAAUGCUGUCUCGAUAUCACCAGAACACAUUGUCUCUGCAUCUGGAGACCGUUCGAUGAAGUUGUGGAAUGCAACAAACGGCACUUUGAUACGCACCUUCGAUAGUCAUCAUGGCCGAGGAAUCGCGUCCAUCGAUUUUAAACCUCCCUACAUACUCUCAGGCUCCUCCGAUAAACACCUUAGACUGCUUGACACCAACAGCUUGCAAGGCUGGUCUACUUCACCAGAUUUUGACCCUCAGACUGGCAAUGUGUCGGAGGGCGUCUGCGAAACAUGCGGGAACGCUACCAAUGCUGCGACAACUGCGGCAAAUCGGAAUCGCCUGCGUGCACACGGGGAUCUCGUGAGGAGCGUGGCUCUGAACGCGGAUUUCGCGGUUAGUGGGAGUUAUGAUACGACAGUGAAGAUUUGGGAUCGCAAGACUGGUGCGCUGGUCGCAGAUUUGUCAGGUGGUCAUGUCAGUAGAGUGUUCUGUGUGGCGAUAGAUAGUACAAAGGUUGUAUCUUGUGGUGAAGACCAGAGAAUUUGCAUUUGGGACUUUUCACAUGGCAUCGAUACCUCGUUUAUCAGUUCGAGUCAUACAUUCGUUCAUUUUGCCGAAACAUGGGUUGUGGACUGCUAGAUCUCCGAUUACAAUGCAUUGGCAUGUGGACUCGCGUAGAACAACGGGUUUCCCUGCUUUCACAGCUUAAUCUUUCUUCGAUGUUGCCGAGGUUUCUGUUGUUCUUUGACCUUCGUGGUCACAUCUCCCUUCUUUAUAGCCAGUUGUACCCUCAUCCUCUGCCCAAAAGGUGAAUAUGUCGCAACUCCC